AUGACAUCACCACGCAUGCCCAAUGAAACCGUUGUGGUCCUCACAUCAAGUGGCAUCAAAUUCCCCCAAGCAGAGACCCUUAAACCCUCCAUUGAGAGACAGGAUAACCUGCUGAAAUGUCUAAAGGCUGAGAUCAAAGUUCUCGGGACUAUCCAGAUAAUGUGUGGAUUGAUGGUGUUGAUCUUGGGAAUCAUUUUGGCAUUUUCUUCCUCCUCUCCUCAGUUCACUCCCGUGGUUUCCAUCCUGUUGAAGGCUGCUUACCCUUUCUUAGGAGCCUUAUGUUUUGUCAUCUCCGGAUCUCUAUCGAUCGUCACAGAGAAAAAGCCAACGAAGCCUUUGGUGCAGAGCAGCCUGGUGGCAAACUUCCUGAGCUGUUUAUCGGGUGCCGUGGGCUUCAUUCUCCUGUGCAUCAAUGUGUUCAGCUUGGACCGUGCCUCACAGUUGUGUGACUUGGACAAAGCAGUUACGCCAACCAUGUAUUACAGUUUUUACUAUCAUCGCUAUGAAGACAGGGAGUGCUUCAUGGCCACCACCACUGUGACUGGGAUGAUCUAUAUCCUGUUGAUUUUCACCGUGGCUGAGUUGUGUCUCGCUGUGCUGUCUUCCAUGCGUUGGUGGAACCAGGCUCACACUGACUUUCAGGGGGUAAGGUUGCUGUUUGGCCUCACUGAAUUCUGCCUGAUGGAUCUCACCUUCUGGACUGCACUGAACUAUGUCAACAAGAGUGACAGAUUAGACAGGUGUUUGGUCAUGAGAUAG